UGGUGGAGGGGGUGGUGGGCAGGGUAGGGGUAGCGGACGGACCCUGGACGUAGGGAGGGCUCACAGGGCCUGUCUUGCUCUCCUCAUGCCCACGCUUGUGUUGGUUCCAUAACCAAUGGCUACGAGAAACUGAUGUCUAUUGAACUGAUUCAGUUGUGGGGUCCAGGUCAGCAAUCAAUCUUUGGAAUCCAGAGAUUCCGCACCAGUGGUCCGUAUGCGCACGCCUGGAGUAGUAGGCUCAGCGUUUGACAUGUCAACGGAACCUGUCUUUUGAUUCGAGCCCAUGUAGGAUUCACAUUCAGCACCCAGAGGUGUUAGGGUUGGUGCUGCUCAUCAAAUGCAGAUUGGUGUUAGUUCGGUACUUGGGGCGCAUUCAUAGGAUUCAAAUUAAAUACCCGGAGCUCACUCAAGGAAAAGACUGUGUGUUGUAGUUUGGGAGUAUGAGAUCUGGUUGUGAUUCUUCUGUUGUGGUUUGAGGUGUAGGUAACAGCGCUCAUCAUGCUCAAAGCUGUGAUUCUCAUUGGAGGCCCCCAGAAGGGGACUCGCUUCAGGCCUUUGUCUUUUGAGGUGCCCAAGCCGCUGUUUCCUGUGGCAGGCGUCCCCAUGAUCCAGCACCAUAUAGAAGCCUGUGCUCAGGUCCCUGGGAUGCAGGAGAUUUUACUCAUUGGCUUCUACCAGCCCGACGAGGCCCUCACCCAGUUCCUGGAAGCUGCCCAGCAGGAGUUUAACCUUCCAGUCAGGUACCUGCAGGAGUUUGCUCCCCUCGGCACAGGGGGUGGCCUCUACCAUUUUCGGGACCAGAUCCUGGCUGGGGCACCCGAGGCCUUCUUCGUGCUCAACGCUGAUGUCUGCUCUGACUUCCCCUUGAGUGCCAUGUUGGAUGCUCACAGGCGCCAGCGCCACCCCUUCUUACUCCUUGGCACCACGGCUAACAGGACACAAUCCCUCAACUACGGGUGCAUCGUUGAGAAUCCACAGACGCAUGAGGUCCUGCACUAUGUGGAGAAACCCAGCACCUUUAUCAGUGACAUCAUCAACUGUGGCAUCUACCUUUUCUCCCCAGAAGCCCUGAAGCCUCUCCGGGAUGUUUUCCAGCGUAACCAGGAGGAUGGGCAACUCUGCCUUGCUCUGGGGGAGGAAUCUCCGGGCUCAUGGCCUGGCGCAGGGACCAUCCGACUAGAACAGGAUGUGUUCUCAGCCCUGGCUGGGCAGGGCCAAAUCUACGUGCACCUCACUGAUGGUAUCUGGAGCCAGAUCAAAUCUGCAGGCUCAGCCCUUUAUGCCUCCCGCCUCUAUCUGGGGCGAUACCAGAUCACUCACCCAGAACGGCUAGCCAGACACACUCCAGGAGGCCCACGAAUCAGAGGAAAUGUUUACAUCCAUCCAACCGCUAAAGUGGCCCCAUCAGCUGUGCUGGGUCCCAAUGUCUCCAUUGGGAAGGGGGUGACCAUAGGCGAGGGUGUGCGUCUGCGAGAGAGCAUUGUCCUCCAUGGAGCCACUUUGCAGGAACACACCUGUGUCCUUCACAGCAUUGUGGGCUGGGGGAGCACUGUGGGGCGCUGGGCCCGCGUAGAGGGGACUCCCAAUGACCCCAAUCCCAAUGACCCCCGAGCUCGCAUGGACAGUGAGAGCCUCUUCAAAGACGGAAAGCUGCUUCCUGCCAUCACUAUCCUGGGCUGCCGCGUUCGGAUCCCUGCCGAGGUGCUCAUCUUGAACUCGAUUGUUCUACCACAUAAGGAGCUAAGUCGAAGCUUCACCAACCAAAUCAUCCUGUGAGGAUGCUGCCAAAAGGCCCCCAGGACUCCCGCCCACUCUCCUCUGGGCUGCUGCCUGCCUGGCCAGCUCUGUCCAGAAAGGACCUGAGGAAGCCACCUCGUAGGAGCCGUGUGUAUGGCCAGGGACACCUGGCCUCUCUCCCCACUCCCAAAUAAACCCCUAUGAACCUUGGAGCCAGCUUGGACUCCUCUUGUGCCUGGACUGGGGGGGUGUGGAAGCACAAGAGGGGCAGCUGAGUC